AUGUUGCAGCCUUGGGUAGGUCCUUAUACAAUUGUUAAAAUUGUUAAUAGCAAUGUAGAAUUAUCCUCUUUAAUAGGAAAAAUUUUACAUACUAAGGCUAAUAUAAGUAAUUUAAAGCACUAUAUAGAGGAUACAGUCAAAAAUAUUGCACAUUGUGAAACUAUAGAGGGUGUUCAAGAUCAAGUUUGUAGGCUUCUUAAAACUAUAGUUGGAGAAGGAGAAGAAGAAGCACUAUUUGAAGAAAUGUCCUGUGGAAUAAAAGUUUCAGGAGAAAGGUUGGAAUUUAGAAAGGAGGAUACUAAAAUAAAACGUGUCAAGAGAAAGGAUACUUUUGGUGAAGAUCCAAUAAUAGCUAUUAAAAGUAUAGUGAGAGAGGAAGGAUAUAUAUGUGUACAAGAUCAGGGUAGUAAUAUUUUUUAA